CUCAGUUCCCUUUUCUUUACAGCGUGCCGCGUGUAAAGUUUUCAACAAUAAAAUUUUUUUAAAAAUGUCAGAGGAAGGAGAUGGAAAUAGGUCGGGAGCAUCCCUCACUUACCCUAUGCAAUGUUCGGCACUGCGUAAGAAUGGAUAUGUAAUGCUUAAGGGACGCCCUUGCAAGAUAGUGGACAUGUCUACCUCCAAGACAGGAAAGCAUGGCCACGCCAAAGUCCAUCUUGUUGGUAUCGAUAUAUUCACACAGAAAAAGUAUGAGGAUAUUUGUCCCUCCACCCACAAUAUGGAUGUGCCGAACGUAAAACGCGAGGACUUUCAGCUCAAUUACAUUAGCGACGACGGAUAUCUAACUCUAAUGAACGAAGCUGGCGUCUUGCGUGAGGACCUUAAAGUUCCCGACGGUCCGUUGGGUGUUACUUUGCGCAACGAUCACGAAAGCGGCAAAGAUCUUUUGUGCACUGUGCUAAGUGCCUGCAGCGAAGAAUGCGUUAUCGCCGUCAAAAAUAAUACUGCUUUGGAUAAAUAAAAACGGUUGGAAAAGGUCAUCCAUCGAUCUGAUACUGGAAAAGUGUAAUGAUAUAAUGAAGAAAUAUCAAUUAAAUGAUUCCAAAAUACAA